AUGACCGGGCUGCUGCUCUCAGCAUGCACCUCAGCGCAUCCAACAACACCCAUCGAGGUAAGACAAUCCGGCCCCGGAACAAGCCUCCAAUCAGGCUGGUACUGGAUCCGCGCUGUAGCCUCACCCAACUUCCACAAGUAUCUGCAAACCGAACCCCAAAACGCCGCAGGAACCGCGAUCCUCGAGUCUUACACGACAGCCGGACAAUUCAACGUCAAAGAUGGGCAGCUGGUGGAGAACAACGGCGACGGAGCCGCACCUUUGUACCUCAACGUCGAGAAACCCACCAACCUGACGCAAAGGACGCUGGCGACCUGGUUCAACACAACCGAGAAUACUUUUGGCACCUUUUUAUUCCAGGGCGACGCGCUGACGUGGUCGACGCCCGAAAUUCAACGACAGAACCUGGCGGCUUGGCUUGUGUGCGAGAAUCAGGCGCUGUUUAUCAAUACGGGAGCUUAUGCGUAUCAGACGCCUCCAGGAUGUGCGGAUCAGACUAUUCAUUACUAUAAUGAUGCGCAUGCAAAUAACUAG